AUGACUGAGCUCGGAGACCAAUUCCUAGAAUGGGUCCAAAAAUCGAUUCACGCCCUGGGAGGACUCUGUGAUUGCCUAACUCGGAAUCCUACCACUGUGGCUCCUGGUGGGAUUUCCUAUGUGGCUACAUCCUACGAAGGAUUGGAAUAUCUUGUUAACGUGCAACUUCGCGAUUUGAAUAUCGAUCCCUUUGAGCUCACGGGUAUUCUUCCUUGCCCUCCGCUGCAGGAAGGAGUCUUGCAAAGCUCCUAUGGAUACGAAGCCGCCUGGAUAUGGAAAUUUUAUCAUCCUGUAGUUGGAGUACACAAAACCUUUUCUACGAUACUUGCCGCGCACCCCAUGUAUUGUGGCGAUGUCAUGCAGAAUGUGCCGCAAUUCAGUGAUGUUGUCAGGCAUAUCAAGAGGCGACCUAUGUCUGAGACACGAACAUUUUGGACUCCUUUUCUACACGGAGUAGAGCCAUGUCAGAUUCCCGUAUCCAAGUUGUGCCAAAACGGCCCAGAACUAGAUAUCCAUAAUACUAUCUCCAUACCUUUUGAGUCGAUGACUGGGGUUACCGAGCAAUGUAAGCAGGUGGGGCUGACCCUGUCGACCUUUGUUCACCUUGCUUGGGCUUUGGUACUAUCUUAUGUCACGGUUAUGGACGAAACUUUCUUUGGGUACAUAAUAUCCGGUAGAGACGUUCCUGUGGAGGGUAUUGGCAGGAUCUUCGGGCCCAUGGCCAAUAUACUCAUUAACCACGCCGAUCUAGGCGAAUCUCUUGAAGCAGAUGCAGCCUUGAUAGCAAGAAAUCUCAAGAGCCACCGCCGCCAUCAACAGACUUCUUUGGCGGAGAUCCAUCACGACCUGGGGAAUAAAGAUGAGCGACGACAACUGUUCAACACCAUCGUAUCAUUGCUUCGGAGCAAUCUAUUGUGUGUCAAACGGUUGUACUUUGCGAAGUACCAUCAGUCACGACGAGGUGCAAAAGGCCGGUACGAUACUGAUAUGAGCGAUUCAGUCCUUUUUGUCUGCAGGGCCCGUUUUUGCGUCCGCAGCACGAGCGCUAUGAUCGAUUCCAGCGAAUCAGAGGCGUCAGUCAGACCCCAGGACAGAUUCUUCCGCUACGUGACUGGUAAAGACAGAAGAGCCACUUCCAAUUUCUGGAAGAGUCAGCUUGCCGGGCUUGAUCCCUCUGACCCAACAACUCGAGACAGAUCUACCGCAGCAUUUGAGAGGGAUCAACAUAUGAAACUAGUGAUGCAGGACAUUGGCAACCACAGCGGCUUUAGUACUGAGGUUCCAGGCCGGGCAGCUUGGUCUAUGGUGCUUUCACAAGUCUUCGAUUCCGAAGAUGUUAUCUUUGUGGCAGUCAUUUCUCACCGUCGAGCGGACGACCUUCUGGGGAUCAAAAUCUUUCCGGGAGUCGAUACUUCAGUGGUCCCAAUCAGAGCAUAUUUGGACUGA